CCUAGCACUUUGGGAAAGAUGGUUCUUAAAAAUCACUUUCUCAUAUACACAUUUCCUGGGAGCUGGACAGCAACAACAACAACGAAGUUCAAGUAAUAGUCUGCCGAGACCUUUGACUAUUGAAAUGUUCUGAAGCCCCCUCUUACAUCAGAACUCUUUCCUAAUGAUCCUCUGAGUGUCCUCUCAGGACCCUGGGCACACUCAUGGCACGAUGGCCAACCCUCAGGAGCACCUGAGCUGCUCCUCUUCCCCACACUUGCCUUUGAGUGAAAACAAAACCUUCAAUGGACUACAGGAUGACAUCGCACCUAUGCGAAGCCACCCUUCACCCAAGCUUCUUAAGGACCAGCAGGAAAAGGGGGUGGUGCAAACAGAGCUAACUGAGGGCAUGAACAGCCCCAUCGCCACAACAGUGUUGACAAGCGUAAGCGAGGAUUCCAGGGACCAGUUUGAGAACAGCGUUCUUCAGCUAAGGGAACAAGAUGAACCAGAGAUGGCCAUGUCUCACGGGAACAGCAACACUGUGGAUGGAGAGGGCACGAGUGGAACUGAAGACAUCAAGAUUCAGUUCAGCAGGUCGGGCAGCGGCAGUGGUGGGUUUCUUGAAGGACUAUUUGGAUGCUUAAGGCCUGUAUGGAAUAUCAUUGGGAAAGCAUAUUCCACUGAUUACAAAUUGCAGCAACAAGAUACUUGGGAAGUGCCAUUUGAGGAGAUCUCAGAGCUGCAGUGGCUGGGUAGUGGAGCCCAGGGAGCUGUCUUCUUGGGCAAGUUCCGAGCGGAGGAGGUGGCCAUCAAGAAAGUAAGAGAGCAGAAUGAGACGGAUAUCAAGCAUUUGAGGAAGUUGAAGCACCCUAACAUCAUCGCUUUCAAGGGUGUUUGUACUCAGGCCCCAUGUUACUGUAUCAUCAUGGAAUACUGUGCCCAUGGACAACUUUAUGAGGUUUUGCGAGCUGGCAGGAAGAUCACACCUCGAUUGCUAGUAGAUUGGUCCACAGGAAUUGCAAGUGGAAUGAAUUAUUUACACCUCCAUAAAAUUAUUCAUCGUGAUCUCAAAUCACCUAAUGUUUUAGUGACUCACACAGAUGCAGUAAAAAUUUCAGAUUUUGGUACAUCUAAGGAACUUAGUGAUAAAAGUACCAAGAUGUCCUUCGCUGGCACAGUAGCAUGGAUGGCGCCAGAGGUGAUACGGAAUGAACCUGUCUCUGAAAAAGUCGAUAUAUGGUCUUUUGGAGUGGUGCUUUGGGAGCUGCUGACAGGAGAGAUCCCGUACAAAGAUGUAGACUCUUCAGCCAUUAUUUGGGGUGUUGGAAGCAAUAGCCUACACCUUCCAGUUCCUUCCACUUGCCCUGAUGGAUUCAAAAUCCUUAUGAAGCAGACAUGGCAGAGUAAACCUCGCAAUCGACCUUCUUUUCGGCAGACACUCAUGCAUUUAGACAUCGCAUCUGCGGAUGUACUUGCCACCCCACAAGAAACUUACUUCAAGUCUCAGGCUGAAUGGAGAGAAGAAGUAAAAAAACACUUUGAGAAGAUCAAAAGUGAAGGAACUUGUAUCCACCGAUUAGAUGAAGAACUGAUUCGAAGGCGCAGAGAAGAGCUCAGGCAUGCUUUGGAUAUUCGUGAGCACUAUGAGAGAAAGCUUGAGCGGGCUAAUAAUUUAUACAUGGAGUUGAGUGCCAUCAUGCUGCAGCUAGAAAUGCGGGAGAAGGAGCUAAUCAAGCGUGAGCAAGCAGUGGAGAAGAAGUAUCCUGGGACCUACAAACGACAUCCUGUCCGUCCAAUAAUCCACCCUAAUGCCAUGGAGAAACUCAUGAAGAGGAAAGGUGUGCCUCACAGACCUGGGAUGCAGGCCAAGCGGCCAGAUCUGUUGAGAUCUGAAGGUAUCCCCAGUGUGGAAGUGGCUCCCACUGCAUCCCCUUUGUCCGGAAGUCCUAAAAUGUCCACCUCCAGCAGCAAGAGCCGAUAUCGGAGCAAACCACGCCACCGCCGGGGGAGUAGCCGAGGCAGCCAUAGUGACUUUGCGGCGAUCUUAAAAAGCCAGCCAGCCCGGGAAAAUUCACCCCAUCCCACUUACCUGCACCAGGCUCAAUCCGAAUACCCUUCUCCGCAUCAUCAUAGUCCUCUGCAGCAGCAACACCAGCAACCCCCUCCUGCCACGUCUCAGAGUCACCGUCCCAGACUCGAUAUGCACGGACAGGACGUUGCAACCUGCGCCAACAACCUGAGGUAUUUUGGCCCCGCGGCGGCCCUGCGGAGCCCACUCAGCAGCCAUGCUCAAAGACAGAUGCCUGGCUCCAGCCCUGACCUCAUCUCCACGGCCGUGGCAGCAGAUUGCUGGAAAAGUUCUGAGCCCGACAAGGGCCAGGCUGGCCCCUGGGGCUGUUGUCAGGCUGACCCCUAUGACCCCUGCCUCCAGCGCAGGCCAGAACAGCAUGGGUCCUUAGACGUCCCCUCUGCCGAGCCCGUGGGGAGGAACCCCAACCUUUUCAAGCCACCAGCACACAAUCCCCUCUCGGAAAAUGCCCAAGGUUCUGAGAAAAUGGAAGAAAAGGAAUUCAGCGGCUGUGGGUCUGCAUCAUCCCUCAACACCUCUCAUCACAUCACCCCCCCAGCGCUACCUCGAAAAACAAGGCCCCUUCAGAAGAGUGGAGAUGACUCCUCUGAAGAGGAAGAAGGGGAAGUAGAUAGUGAAGUUGAAUUUCCACGAAGACAGAGGCCCCAUCGCUGUAUCAGCAGCUGCCAGUCGUAUUCAACCUUUAGCUCUGAGAAUUUCUCUGUGUCUGACGGAGAGGAAGGAAAUACCAGUGACCACUCAAACAGCCCUGAGGAGUUAGUGGAUAAACUUGAAGACCACCUGGCAGAGAAGCUAGAUGACCUGCUGUCCCAGACGCCAGAGAUCCCCAUUGAGAUAUCCUCGCAUUCAGACGGGCUGUCUGACAAGGAGUGUGCUGUGCGCCGUGUGAAGACGCAGAUGUCUCUGGGCAAGCUGUGUACGGAGGACCGUGGCUAUGAGAAUCCUAUGCAGUUUGAAGAAUCGGACUGUGACUCUUCAGAUGGGGAGCGUUCUGAUGCCACAGUUAGGACCAAUAAACACUACAGCUCUGCUACUUGGUAAUGAAAGAAUACCUACCCUGAAGAUCUCAUGACUAUACUGGCAUUUCACAUCCAUCCCACCCCCAGACUCUUCCCACUCUCUCCCUGCUUUUUUGUCUGGGAAGAGAGCUGCCCCAUCUUUCUCACCCCUAGACAUGAGCUGCAAUAACAGGAACAUGAGACUUCACAAAUCUCUGGAAAAAAAAUAUCCAAAUGAAAUUAAGUCUCACUGAACAUUUCAAUCAAGAAUGGCAGGGAUCUAUUUUAUUGAAUAUUCUAGCUACUGUAACACUGAUAUUUAUUUUUGUUUGACAUUUUAACACUUUGUACUGUAAAGAGUGAACUAUAUAUGAUAGGGAGAAAGACAAUAAUUUCUUGCAAAAAAAAAGAGAGAGAGAGAGAAAGAAAGGAGGAAAGAACAGAAGUGGAAUUCAGGAGCAACAUCCUUGGGAAUCUGUGGAGCCAGGAGGUAUUACUGCUGCUUGAACAGGGGACCAGUUCCUCUGGCCAUAAGUGACUGAAGAAGAGCCAGAGCAAGACAUACUGAACAUUUUAGAAAACAAAAACAGCAAAAGAAAAGCAAUUCCAGGUAAUCUGUGAACAGACCACAUUAAAUUCACCCAGCUUGUCCAGAUGGGUGAUGGAAAGACCUAGACAAUUUUGGAGACCAGAGACUUGCACCCAAGGCCUUUGAGGGCAUGUGCUUCCUCUAGGAGGAAAAAGAAAACUGUGCGUGUCAAAGCUGAUCUCAUUUUUAAAAUGCUGAGCAGCGUUGGUAGUGAGACUUACAGACAGUGUCCAACCUUGUCCUUGAAAAAUUUUCUGCUUUUUAUGCUGUCAACGUCACUACCUUGGCAAAUGCAUUACCUUGACCAAUGUGUUGAUUUUUCAGACUCAAG